GACGGGCCUGGGAUUUUUUCCGGAGCGGAUCGUCCAAUAUCCAGAGGCCCUCUUCACCCUCGGCCUCGGAAACCAUGCGCAGCUUCAUGAAGACAGCCUCCUAUGUCUUGGCUCUCUUGUCCUCCGCGAUCGGAGUCUACGGAUUCGAUUUUCUCGUUUUCGCUCAGCAACAUCCGCCGGGAUAUUGCCGCUCAACUUUCAAACAGAAAUGCAUAGCCGACAGGAUAAACGAGAGUUUUACUGUCCACGGUCUUUGGCCGUCAGCGAAGGAUGAUUCGAUCCAAAACUGCGAUUCUCGGAAGUUUGACGUGAAGGAUGUACAACCGAUUAGAUCGCGCUUGGAGAAAGCUUGGCCGUCCUUCAGAACCAACGACCCCACCGUGUUUUGGGCGCACGAGUGGAAGAAACAUGGGACAUGUGGACUUGGUUCGCCGAAUUUGGCUGGAAUAUUCAAUUACUUCAAUACCACGCUCACGCUUCAUGAUCGCUUCGACCUGAGGGAGUCGCUGAGGAAGAACGGAAUCACGGCGUCGAGUAAAACUCCCUACGAAAUCAAUAAAAUUCGGAAGGCGCUCGCCAGAGACGUCCAAGGAAACGUGCAACUGAUCUGCGAUAAAGCUGAGGGUUACAGCAAUCCAAUUUUGACUGAGGUCCGACUCUGUCUCACAGAAAAUUUGGAGGUCUUGGAUUGUCCGUUCAAGAAAGAACGUUGUGGCAAGGACCUCAUUUUUUUCCUCCCGCAAAAGCAAACUGCAUCGGGCGGCAACAAGGUUGGAGGACUGACAGUUUCCAAUCUUAUGCUUCCUGCUGCGCUCGUCGUCUGCACCAUCAUCUUUCAUGUGAACUUCUAG